AUAGUUAAAGAGCGCGGGCUGAGUGCAAGAUCUUGCUCUGUUACUCUCUCAGUUAAACAUGUCUCUCUCCAGCAGCAGGAGCGGGAGCGGCUUCGGGCUUCUGGCGCUUUUAGCUCUGAUUAUCCUGCUCUCAGAGUCCCGGCGGGUCCAGGCACAACACUGUAUCUGGUAUGGGGAGUGCGGUAACUCAACUAUCCUUCCUGAGAAGAAAUAUAACUGUAACUACACCGGACCACCCAUACCUUUACCUGAAGAUGGACAGGUUCUCUUAAAGGAGCUGUGUCCGGGUUUGGCGUACGGUAAUCAGAGUGUGUGCUGUGAUACCAAACAGCUGACCACACUGAAGGGAAAUGUGCAGCUUCCUCUGCAGUUCCUGUCCAGGUGUCCAGCAUGUUUCUACAACUUCAUGACCCUCUUCUGCGAGCUGACCUGCAGCCCCCACCAGAGCCUGUUCCUCAAUGCCACCAGCUUCUCCCAAGACCACAACAUGACCAACGUGGUCGAGCUUUCUUACUACAUCAACCAGACCUUCGCUGACGCGAUGUACAACGCAUGCAAGGACGUGCAGGCGCCCUCCAGCAACAUGCCAGCCCUCAGUCUGCUGUGUGGGACAGACCCUAAAGACUGCACCCCCACCAAAUGGAUCAGCUACAUGUUUAACAUUAACAACAAGCAGGUUCCCUUCGCCAUAAAUCCCAUAUUUGCAGGUCCUCCUGCCGGGAUGACCCUGAUGAAUAAUGACACGUUUGGCUGUACGGAGUCUCUGGAUGAUGGGUCUGGGCCGUGCUCCUGUCAGGACUGCAGUAAAGCCUGUGGCCCCAAACCCAUCCCUCCUCCGGUCCGCCCUCCCUGGACCAUCCUCGGCCUGGACGCCAUGACCGUCAUCAUGUGGGUCUCCUACGUGUCCUUCCUCUUUGUCUUCAUCGUCGCUCUGCUGGGAGCCUGGUGCUACAGAAAGAGGACCAUCACGUCUGAGUACGGCCCCAUCCAGGGCAGCACCCAGCCGCUCUCUCUGAAUAAUGACCCUGACAAAUCACCCGAUCAGGCCACCUGUUGCGAGUCUGUGGGUGAGCGCUUCGAGAACAGCCUCCGCGUCUGCUUCAGCCUAUGGGGUUCGUUCUGUGUGCGGCACCCCCUGCUGGUAAUCCUGUUCAGCCUGGUGUUUGUGGGCGGCUGCUCCUCAGGUCUGGCCCGCAUGCGCGUCACCACGGACCCCGUGGAGCUGUGGUCGGCCCCCCACAGCCAGGCCAGGCAGGAGAAGGACUACUUCGACCAGCACUUUGGACCUUUCUUCCGAACGGAGCAGCUCAUCAUCACCACGCCCUGGACCGACUGGUUCAUCUUCGAGACCACAUCUGGACCGAACAUUCCCUUCGCUCCAAUAUUCAACAUCUCUCUGCUUCAUCAGAUUCUGGAUCUCCAGACUGAUAUAGAGAACCUGGUGGCGGAUUAUAACGGCGAGAACGUGACCCUGCAGGACAUCUGCAUAUCUCCCCUGGCUCCCUACAACAACAACUGCACCAUUCUGAGCAUGCUCAAUUACUUCCAGAACGACCCUGACGUCCUGAACCACACAAAUUCUGAUCCGUUCUUAAUAUACUUUGAUUACCACACCCACUUUAUGUACUGCGCGAGUAACCCAGUAGCCCUUGAUGACAUGAGUACUUUCCACGACCCCUGCAUGGGUACUUUUGGCGGCCCUGUUUUCCCCUGGCUGGUGCUUGGAGGUUAUGAAGGCACAGACUAUAACAACGCCACUGCUCUCGUGCUCACCUUGCCUGUUGCCAACUACCUUAACAACACAGAAAAACGGGGGAAAGCUCUCGCCUGGGAGAAAGAGUUCAUCAGCUUUAUGAAGAACUACAGCAACCCAAACCUCACCAUCGCCUUCAGCUCGGAGCGCAGCAUCGAGGAUGAGAUCGACCGCGAAAGCAACAGCGACAUCAGCACCAUUUUAGUCAGCUAUGUCAUCAUGUUCAUCUACGUCUCCCUGGCCCUGGGCCACAUCCACAGCUUCCAGACCCUGCUGGUGGACUCUAAGAUUUCUCUGGGGAUAGCAGGGAUCCUGAUCGUUCUGAGCUCGGUGAUCAGCUCUUUGGGGAUCUUCAGCUACGCUGGUGUUCCCCUCACCCUCAUCGUCAUCGAGGUCAUCCCCUUCCUGGUUCUCGCUGUGGGGGUGGACAACAUCUUCAUCAUCGUGCAGACUUUCCAGAGAGAUGAGCGGAUGCAGGACGAGGAGCUGCACCAGCAGAUUGGCCGUAUCCUCGGAGACGUGGCUCCCAGCAUGCUCCUCUCCUCGUUCUCUGAAGCUCUGGCUUUUUUCUUAGGGUCUCUCUCUCACAUGCCGGCAGUGAAGACGUUCUCCUUCUUCGCCGGUUUGGCCAUAAUCAUCGACUUCAUCCUGCAGAUCAGCUGCUUCGUCUCUCUGCUGGGUCUCGACAUCAAGAGGCAGGAGAGGAACCGGCUGGAUAUCCUCUGCUGCGUGAAGCUGCCUGAGGUACAGCAGGAGAAAACCGAAGGCAUCCUCUUUCGCUUCUUCAAGAAAAUCUACGCUCCAUUUAUUCUGAAUGAGUGGGUACGCCCCCUGGUGGUUGCUGUGUUCGUGGGAAUGGUCUCCUUCAGCAUAGCGGUCAUAGACAAGGUAGAAAUUGGACUGGAUCAAAGGCUGUCCAUGCCUGACGAUUCAUACGUUUUGGAUUAUUUUGGGAACCUAAGCGAGUACCUGCACACCGGACCCCCCGUGUACUUUGUGGUGCGGGAUGGGCACGAUUACCGCACCUCGUUCGGUCAGAACCAGGUGUGCGGUGGAGUGGGCUGCAAUAACGACUCGCUUGUCCAGCAGAUCUACACCGCCUCCCUCAUGAGCGACUACUCAAAGAUCAGCACCACGCCCUCCUCCUGGUUGGACGACUACUUCGACUGGGUGAAGCCGCAGUCGUCCUGCUGCCGAUAUUACAAUAACACUGGAGCCUUCUGCAACGCCUCGGUGGUGGAUCCUUCCUGUGUGCACUGCAGGGCUAUGACUCCUAGUGGUAAACAGAGGCCCAACGGUACCGACUUCAUGAAGUUCCUUCCCAUGUUUCUGUCUGAUAAUCCCAACAUCAAGUGUGGAAAGGGAGGUCAUGCUGCAUACAGCACAGCUGUGGUUCUAAAGGACAACGACACCAAUGUAGGAGCCACCUACUUCAUGAGCUACCACACCAUCCUGACCAACUCCUCAGUCAGCAUCGACUCCAUGAAGAUGGCCCGCGAGCUGGCCCACAACAUCUCAGUCUCCAUGGGCUCCACCAACAAGACAGACAUCGUCUUCCCUUACAGCGUGUUCUACGUCUUCUACGAGCAGUACCUGACCAUCGUCCACGAUACAGCGCUGAACCUCGGCGUGUCUCUGGUGGCCAUCCUCACAGUCAGCACGGUGCUCCUGGGCUUCGAGCUGUGGUCUGCCAUGCUGGUCACGCUCACCAUCGCCAUGAUCCUGAUCAACAUGUUUGGCGUCAUGUGGCUGUGGGGCAUCAGCCUCAAUGCUGUAUCUCUGGUGAACCUGGUUAUGAGCUGUGGUAUAUCGGUGGAGUUCUGCAGUCACAUUGUGAGGGCGUUCUCCGUCAGCACUAAGGGCACUCGGGUGGAGAGGGCUCAGGAGGCUCUGGCACACAUGGGCAGCUCGGUGUUCAGUGGAAUCACAUUAACCAAGUUUGGUGGAAUCCUGAUCCUGGCUCUUUCCAAGUCCCAGAUCUUCCAGGUCUUCUACUUCCGCAUGUAUUUAGCCAUCGUGCUGCUGGGAGCAACGCAUGGCCUCAUCUUUCUCCCAGUGCUCCUCAGCUAUAUAGGUCCAUCUGUGAAUAAAGCUAAAGCGAUGGCCGCCCGCCGCAGGUACGCCGGUACAGAGCGCGAGCGGCUGCUGAAAUACUAACAGCUCUAAAAAAGAAGCUAAAGAACAAGCUGAGGCUGAACUACCCAACCCUGAGGGACUACUGUGUGUGCGGUGGCCUCCUGUUGCCAUGCACCCACACACACACACACACACAUAGACACACACAUUAUAACAUGGGUAUAUACACACUCAUACACACACACAUACAUACACAGACACACCUCGACCCUCGAGAGAGACCCUAACUCAGGACCCCUGCUUGGGAAUGCAUUGAAGGAAAAAAAAAAAAAGAAAGAAAAAGGAGAAAAUUAACUUCCACACUGGGUUAAAUCGCCGCUGUCAUCCGGGCAUCCUCACGACAAAACUAACGGGACGGAGGACAGACGGCACAAUUGCUUCGGAAAAGCACAUUAACUCACGCAAAACGCAGCAUUGUGGUAGAAUUAUAACCUUUUGUACUGGGCUAAUGCUAAAAAAACAAAAAACAAGAAAAAUGAUUCAGAAUCGACUAAUCUGAAUUAUUUAUUUUGAGUGUGAACACUUCAUAAUAACAUUUGGUCUUAAUAUAAAUAAUAAUACUGUAUUAAGAGUUAAUAUUAAUACAUAUAUUACUCUAAAAAAGAAAAGCUAACUGAAUUAUGUCAGUGAAAAAAUGUCAGUUUUUCCUGUCGGAUGCUUUAAGUGACAACGCACAUAAAAAAAAAAGUGAACUCUACGCACGAGGUGUUAUCUUGUUUUUGGGGGGGGGGGGGGGUUUCGUGUGUUUUUUUUUUUGUUUUGUUUUGUUUUGUUUUUUUUUACAAAAAAUGAAGGGGAUCUAUUGUUUGCAUAACCGUUAUGUUUACUCGUGUCACUUAAAAGGAAAAUUUCGAAAUAUUUAAAGGAAAAAAAAGUUAGCAUUAGCGUUAGCAUAAGCAUUCCCUCCACAUGGGGUCCUGCUCCCAUUAAGCUUCAAUAGGCUUAAACUGGAAUCUAUUGGCCUGUUUUAUAGCUAUGAAGUGCUGUGGUCAUAAAAGAACAGUGUAUGUAUGCUUAUACAGUUUACCUCAGUGGUAAAAUAGAAGCGAAGCAGCAGAGUAAUGGGAGGGAUGGUAUCAUUGGGUAACAUUAUUGAGUAAAUCGAGAUCUGUUUACAAAGCGCCAAUCGAUCAGAAGCUGCAGAAAGUUUGAUAUGAAUUUUUUUUUUUUUUUUUAGAAAGUUACAUCAGCAAGCAUGUUCCACACCACCUCCAACCAAUCGAUCCCACCUGUGGUUACGUCUACAUGCUUUUUUAAAGAUUAUAUAUAUAUAUAUUAGUUAUUAAUAAUCCAAUGUAAUUUAGCAUGGUAUACCUCAGAGCGCAGUGUUGGGUCCUAGAAGUUGUUGGACGUAUCGGAGAGAGAAGAAUGGAAGAAUGAAAGCAGAAAUUGAAAGCAGAAACUGUUACUGGCACAAGGGUGGGAGGUUUUUUUUUGUUUUGUUUUCCAUUAGUUUACUGUUUUUCUUUGUUUAUCUUAUUCUUAACCGUUUUAACUUUGAGAUCUGAACCAUUUACUGAGUUCACGUCUGCGUUGCUCAUUCCAUGGUGGAUAAUACUGUGUGAUAUAUUUGUAUGAUGAUUUUGUUUUUUUUGCAAUAAAAGGAGUGAUACUAAUUUGUAA